AUGCCUCAAACACUUAUGGGGGAGAGUAAUCGACGUUUUCUUGUGAAAUGGUUUGAUUCAUUUGUUUGGUUAGAGUAUAGUAAAGAGAAAGAUGCUGCAUUUUGUCUUCAUUGUUAUCUUUUUAAAUGCGACUUUGAUAAACAAGGAAAGGUUGGAAGCGAUGUCUUCACUGAGAAAGGGUUUAAAAAUUGGAGGAAGGGACCUGAGAAUUUUAGGGACCAUGUUGGACAAGUUGGAAGCCUUCACAAUAAAGCUACACAACAUUGUACAGAUUUAAUGAAUCAGAAGCAACACGUUGAAACCAUUGUGAUCAAGCAGACAGACCAAGCUCGUCUUCCUUUUCGUGGCCAUGAUGAAAGUGAAACAUCUAGCAAUAAGGGUAAUUAUGUGGAGCUUUUGCAAUUUCUUGCCGAUCAUGAUGAGAAAGUUCGUGCCGUUGUGUUUGAGAAUGCUCCAGGGAAUCUCAAGUAUAUUGCUCCUAACAUUCAAAAAGAACUUGUCAAUUCUUGUGCUAUUGAAAACCAUUGA